CUGUCUGUUUCUUGUAAUGGCAAUAGUUAUACAUAUACUGUGGUUUGUGAUCAUGCAAUGAAAAUAUAUUUCGAUGAUUUGUGACAGUUAAUUGUUUUUAAAGUAAUCAUAAAUUAAGUAAAUACGCGUUAUACAAAAUUCAGCAUUGUGUAUAUUUAUAAGUUUAUUUUUUCUUUUUUAAAAAUGGCACAGAUUACUGUUAAAGGAAACAGCGAUUUGAAAUUGGACGAAAAACCUGAUGAUGAUGACGAUAAAAAUUUAUGGUUAGACAUUUUGAGCCAAGUUCAAGAAAGUUCACCUACAAAGCUGCCAUCAUGCAAAGCACUGCUUGUUUUAGGUGACAAUGAAUCUGGAAAAACCUCCUUAAUAGCAAAAUUGCAAGGAAAUGAAGAUCCUCGUAAAGGCUCAGGACUUGAAUAUCAUUAUGUGUACGUUAGAGAUGAAUACCGUGAUGAUCAUACUCGUUUAGGUGUAUGGGUCCUUGACGGUGAUGCCUGGCAUCGAAAUUUAUUAAAGUAUGUUCUAAACGCUGAUACAUUUCCUCACACUACUGUUCUAUUAACUGCAGCAAUGACUCAGCCAUGGGACAUCUUAGAAUCACUUCAAAAUUGGGCCUUAAUCUUAGAAGAACAUGUUCAAAGGUUGAGAUUGCCUCAGUCUGUUCUUGAGGAGCAUCAGAGUAGAGUGUUAAAAAGGUUUCAGGAUUAUGUUGAACCAGGAGCUGAAAUUGAUGGCAUGGGUGGAACAUCUCCUGUAAGACCAAUACAUGGAUCUAAUGCUGAAAAUAUUCUCUCUAACAGGGAAAUUAAGAUCAACCUUGGUUUGGAGAUAAUUGUGAUAAUUACAAAGACAGAUUACAUGUCAACAUUAGAAAAAGAGUAUGACUUCAAAGAAGAAAUAUUUGAUUUUAUUCAACUAACAAUCAGGAACUUCUGUUUACUUUAUGGUGCCGCCCUUUUUUAUGUGUCUGUUAAGGAAGAUAAAAAUUGCGACCUCCUUUAUAAAUAUUUGGUGCAUAGGAUAUAUAAUUUUCCUUUUAGAACACCAGCUCUAGUUGUAGAAAAAGAUGCUGUAUUUAUCCCGGCUGGCUGGGAUAACUCAAACAAGAUUGACAUAUUGUUGGAUAAUUUGACAUCAGUGAAGCCUAAUGAUGCAUAUAAUGAAGUUGUAGUUAAACCUGUAAAUAGGAAGCCUUUGCAACGGGAAGCUGAAAUCAUUGCUGAAGAUGAUCAAGUUUUCCUGUGUAGGCUGCAGAAUCUUAUUAACCAGCAAAUUCCAGCCAGUGUAGGACGACCUGCAGGACCACAAGAACCUCCAAUUAGAUCUCCUGCUGGUGUGCAGAAGACUGGAGAUAGAAGGAUAUCUGGAUCAUCUGGUGUUCAGUCAUCUCCAAAAAAGAUUGAAGGCAAAGCUGGAACAGUUGGUGGAGAAGGAGUUCUCCAGAAUUUUUUUAAUAGUUUAUUAAAUAGGAGAACAGGGACUACAAUUGGUAGUCCAUUAGCUUCUGUACGAACACCCGGUGAAAAAACGACAAGGCAUGAUGCAGUCGCUGAACUGGAUCGCAUGUCUGGAAGAUCAAAAAAGACACCAUCUGGUUUUACACAGUCUUCUGAAACAUCUUUUGAUGAUGAGGGUGGAGAUAAUCCAUCCAUGCAAUCUUAGUAUGACAUCUGCUGUUUAAUAUUUUCACUAAACUUGAUAUCCAAAUGUCCAGUAAAGGUUACUGGAAUUUUGACUAAACUUGUAUGCAGAAGGAUCAGCGAAGAUAGCUGAUGUUUUUAAUUUUGAGAUAUUUUCGUACUGUAUAAUUUAAAUUAUCAUCUCCGAGCUGGUGUUGUAACAGUAUAUAUAUAAAAAAAAAAAAAAAAAAAAUUGCUGUUGGGGAGUACAUGCAAGUUGCACAGAAGUUUGCAUGAAGGAUUUAUUUAUACAAGUUGCUUUAGUGUAUUUAAACCAAUGAAUUUGCACACUAUUUAAAAAAAAAAGAGAGAGAGAGAAGAAAAGAAAAGAAAAAGUGCUGCUUUAAAUACAUUUUCAUGCAAUGCUGCUAUCAACAUUAAUUAUUUAACUGUUAGUAUUUAUAUCUCGUUACCAUUUCAGGUGUCAUAGACAUUUUUCAGGAAUUUCUUGAAAAGUGUAAAAUGCUUAAUAUGCGUUUUGAAAAAUAAAGCUAUUAAAUAAAGUU